CCUACAUAUAUAUAGAAAGAGAGAGCAGACAGCAAUGUUUUAUUCUUCUUAUCUUAAAGUACCUCAACAGUAGCGAAACAUUGAACCAACGUCGGCAGACGAUACAACCAAUAAAUUCAAGCGAUACAACCAAUAAAACAAAUGUCGCUUCUAAAACCAGUCGCAAAGAACAAACGAAUAAAACCAAUAUGGAGGUUGAAGCAAUUCCGCUACGAAAUCCUUCCAGCGAUGUCGAGUGUCAAAAUGUGGGAAACAUUUCAAAAACUAUGAAUUGUCAAGGGAAGACGAAACCACCACUGUCCAUUGGUCAGAAAGUAGAGUUAGUUUUCGUAAUAUUUUCUGGUUUUGUCAUCAAUUUUAUGGUGUUUGGCUUUAGUGCCAGCCUCUCGGUGUAUUUCGUAAAAUAUAAACGGGCCUUUCCGAUGCAUUAUGAAUUGGUUUUAUUAACAAUAUUUCUGGAAACAGGUAUUUUCUCUAUUGUAGGUAUGCUGGCAGGAAUGUUCCUCCACAAAUUCGGAGUACGAGCCACAGCAGUUUUGGGAAGCGUUCUGCUCAGCUUAGGAGUCGGUGCCUCUUGUUUUGCACCCAACAUCAUAUUUCUUAUGUGUUUCUUUGGAAUUGUAAGCGGUUUUGGGUCUUCGUUUCUAUUUUUCUCGAUGAAUGUGGGUGUUGCUUCGUAUCUGGAAAAUUCUGGUCGACAUUUUAUGCCUUUAGUAGAUAUGGGAGGAUCAGCUGGUGGCAUAGUUUGCCCGCCUUUGAUUUCUUAUUUAAUCGAUUUCUACGGUUGGCGGGGAAGCCUAUUGAUAUUUUCCGCCAUUGCCUUAAAUUCUUUACCUUGCGGCUUAAUGUAUUCCAUUAAGAAUAGAAACGACCUUCACUCGACAGUGGACAACAACGAUAAAAAUUCAAAACAACGCCAAGAUUCAUAUGGAGAAAAGGACAUCGACUGUAUUUACAGACUGUUAUCCACCGACAUCGAAGAAGCGGGAAAAACGGAUAGUUGGUACGUUGAACAAAACAGCGAGCAACUUCCGCUUCAAUCCAACAACAGUCACUGUGCAGAAGAAACGGGUGAUUUAGCAAGAAACGAAACGUCAUCAGAUCACUGCUUGGCUACUACACCAGCCAUAGACGAUAGCUCAUCACUGAACCGUGAACACUCGAAAACUAACGACCAAGUAGAAGAUACUAAAAAUACAACCAGUGAAAUUAGUCAAAAAGCUCUAUUUUUCUCGAUUUUUUCCAAUAAAGAUUUUCUUUUAUUUGUCUUAACUAUGACAGUUGUAGUCAGUUCAGAACUCACAUUAUCAGCAAUGACAUCCGAUUUCUUCGUCAGCAAAGGUACGACUCGCUCAGAAGCUGCACAAAUUUAUGGAAUCGGUUUUACUGGUGAAAUUAUAGCCCACAUUUCUAGUACAUGGAUGCUUUAUAAAAACAAAACGCUAAGUUUACUUAUUUUUUGCAUAUCUGCUAUAUUAAGUGGAGCUUUUGUCACGAUAUAUCCUUCCAUUCCUACUAUGACAUCACUGUCAUCUGCUGGAUGGGCAAUAUUUUUAACAAUAUGUGAAAUGACUGCCCACGGACAUUACCAGGCUGUAUGCAUCCUUGUUAUUUUGGAAUUUUUCGAUGAGAAGCGAUAUCCUUUUGCCAUAGGUUUCACUAUGACAGUUUCGGGAAUUUUCGUUCCCAUUUUCGGAUACAUAUUUGGUAUUAUCACCCAAUACAACAACAACGACUACACCGUCAGCUUUUAUCUUCUGGGCUCCUUAAUUGUGGUCUUUACUUUGCCAACAUUUAUACGUUUUCUUGUUAAACGAGAAAAGUCUAAGAGAAAAGAAACCCAUCAAAAGAACUUAGAAAUAAAUUUAAAAGACUCUUAAAUUCAAAAGACGUUUGACUAACUUUCACUUUUCAAGAAGAGAAAAAUAAUCUGCUGAUGCAGUCUUCUUAUCUCACAGUUCGUCCUUGGAAAUCUUGUCAGAAUACGAAAGUUGUGCAAAAAGUUUGUCUUGAAGAGCAGCACAGGAAAAAACGUAAAAACAAAAAUGAUAAUUUAUUAAAAAAAGAGAAUACGGGGAAACUAAUGCUGUUCAGCUUUGGCAAAGAAGUUAUAGAAAUAUAUUAAACAAUCGAUUAAAUUAUAUAUCACGAGGAAGAAGAAAAAAAAGCUUACGUUUUUCGAAGACAGAAAAUAAUAAAGCAAAUCACUGAUGUACGAAUUACGAGUUUUAUUUCAUUGCUAUUAUGUAUAAGAGAGCAUAGUUGAUAGUAUAUAUGUGUUAGAUGCUAUUA